AUGCCUCUCCAUCUUCUAGGCAAGAAGUCAUGGAACGUCUACAACGCCAAUAAUAUCGCCCGCGUCAGGCGCGACGAGGCGCAAGCAAAAGCCCGCGAGGAAGAAGAUGAACGUGUUAUGCAACAGGCCGAUGCCGAACGCAGGAUUAAAAUUCUUCGCGGUGAGCGUCCCCCUACGCCUCCACCAGCGCCCUCCCUUUUGUCAUCUGAACCUGGGGUGGUUCGAUCAGACAGAAGUUCCAGCGACGCUGGAGGAUUUCGUAAAAGAAGGCGGGUUGCCGGGGAAGACGAUACGGAUCGAGAUAUACGCUACGCUCGGGAGGAUGCGGCGCAAGCAGCUGCUAAGCGGGAAGAGUUGAUUCUCGCCUCUCGCAAGGCUGAUUCGGCACAAGCACCAAUUCUAGACGAGGCCGGCCAUAUCAACCUGUUCCCAGCCACGAAUGCUAAAACGGAGAAAAACCGGGAAGCAGAGGCUGAAGCAGCACGGAAGAAACGCAGCUAUGAAGACCAAUAUACAAUGAGGUUCUCGAACGCAGCAGGCUUCAAGGAGACUAUUGGUCGGAAACCGUGGUAUUCCUCUGCAGAGCAAAAUGCAACAGCGCCAGGGUCAAUGCCCGAGAAAGACGUGUGGGGUAAUGAGGAUCCAAGACGCAAAGAAAGGACACAGGCUCGUAUGAGCGCGAAUGACCCUCUUUUGGCCAUCAAGCGAGGUCUGAGGAAGCACGGCAAUCAAGCCGUCGGCGAAGGCGGUCCCCAUCAGUGGACAGCCUCGAUGGGUUCAGACUGGAUGCGCCGGACAGAGAACGUGAGAAGGACCGAAAAAGUUCUGACAGACAUCAUCGUCGCCGUCGAGAUCGAAGUCGAGACCGAUCUCACCAUCGCUCGCACCAUCAUUCCUCUCAUCGCAGUCAUCGUCAUCGUCACGAUGAACGCUCGGAGGCUUCCAGGCGGGUGUAAAACAUUCUGA